AUGAAACAGAUUAUCACCGGUGAGUCUUUGCCAACAGAUAACGUUGAAAGCCAAUACGAGCAUAUCAAUUUGAUUAUGGGAACAUUAUAUAGCGAUCAAAUAGCCAAAAUAAAGAGACAAAAAACGCUUUUUUCAAACCAUCAUCAUCGAAAAUCAAUUCUUGAUAAUUUUUUCCAUAAAUCGUUGAAAUACACUAUACUAAAUAAAAAAAAGAACAAAUCUCGUUGAGUGAUCAGCAAUAAAUCCAAGUGAAAGAUGCUUUAUGAUAACUUUAUUGAUUUUUUGAUCGGAUAUUCAUUAAUUACCUCUUUAUUUUAUUUACUUCCCCUCCGUGAGCGAACAAGAAAUUUUGUUUGCCCACGGAGAUGGGUUAAUUGUUUUUUUUCUAAAAAAUCCCAAUUCGCAAUAAUUGGAAAGCAAUAUUAAUUUAAUUUGUAAGUAUGCUUUAAAACGCAAUUAGUUCGAAAUUAAUCAGAAUUAGCUAGAGGUUUCAUUAUAUUAGUUAUCACUUAUAUAUCAAAAAUUUGUUUUCAUAAAAAAUUUUAGUUCGCUCAUAGAGGGGUGGGCUAUUGGUCGAAAAACAGGGAUUUUUUCAAUAGUUUUGUUCGCUCACGAAGGGAGGGAGUUAGCAUUUGGAAGACCUGAAAAUAUAUAUGAAACUCUUGAUAUAAUAAUGCAGUGUAUAUUUGGAGUAGAUUUAAUAUUAAAAUUUUUUACUGACUACCAAAAUUCUAAUGGGGAUACAGUGGUUUCACAUAGGAAGAUUAUAUUGCGAUAUAUGAAAUUUCGAUUCUUUAGAGAUGUGCUCUGUCUCAUACCUUUCCGUUAUAUCUGGUUUGAUUUAGAAUAUUUAAUCAGAAAUUUAAGAUUUUUCCGAAUUGAGCGAGUGCUAAAAAUAUUUAACAAAAUGCUAACUCCCCCCCCCCUCCGUGAGCGAACAAAACCAUUAGAAAAAUCGCCAUUUUUUGACCAAAAACCCACCCUCCGUGAGUGAACAAAAAAAUUUUUUAAUAGAAAAAAUUUUAAUGGAAAAAAAUUUUGAUAUAUAAGUGAUAAUUAGUAUAAUGAAAUCUAGAGCUAAUUCUGUUUAAUUUUAAACAAAUUGCGUUUUAAAACAUAAAUUUUGCAAAUUAAAUUAAUAUUUGCUUCCCAAUUUUUGCAAAUUAGGAUUUUUUUAAAUUUCGAAAAAAAUAUUUUUUAUAAAAUUUAUAUAUAAAUUGUUUUUAAAAAAAAAAAUUAACCCCCCUCCGUGAGCGAACAAAAUUUUUUUGUUCGCUCACGGAGGGGGGGGGGAGUAAAAUGAUUCGUUCAAAAUUAUGAAAUUUUCAAAAAUAGUAAAUGACUUAAAUAAAGUCCGCUUUCUAAUAGGCUGCAUUAGAAAUCUUUGGAGGUAUUUAAUUAUUAUGUGUUUUUCUAUAUACUCGGUUGGAUGCUUGUUCUAUUGAUAUAGCAGCUUCUUUCCAGAUAACUUUGCAGACCAUUAUUUUGAUAAAGAAGCAACUUCUUCAAAUAGACUGUUUCAUACACUUUACUUUAUGACAACAACCCUUGCAACUCUAGGAUUUGGCGAUUAUGUACCUGUAAAUUUAUAUGAAAGAGCAUUUAUGAUAGUUGUCAUUAUUAUUGGGAUUGCCUUUUAUUCAUACGCGAUGGGACUUUUUAUUAGUUCAGUCUCGGAGUUCAAUUUUAUACUAUCUGAGCCAGACUGAAACUCUGACUUGAAGUCUUGACUUAAUUCUAUUGAAAUAAAGCAUGGAGAAAUCCCAAAAGAUAUUCGAACAAAAAUUAUUGACUCCCCCCCAUCCUUGAUCGAACAGCUCGCCAUCGUUCAAUCAAGGAUGGGGGUUAAAAAUUUUUUGGGAAAAAAAUUUAUAUAUAAAAUAAAAUAUAUAUAUAUAUAUAUAUAUUUUUAUUUACUUUUAAAAUAAGAGGGUUAAGAGUAUUAAAUAAUUAUUUUUACAGCAAAAAAUUGAAUUAAUUUCAUAAGAAUACCAAUUUUUAAUAUUUUGAUUUAUUAGUUACCCUUUUUAAAACUGUAUAAAUUGUAAUUUGUUCCUUAUUAAAUUAAUUUUUAUUUUAAAUUUUAAAGAAUCUCUAUUUUAUUAGAUUAUUGAGUUUUUAAGCCUAGGCUGAUGACUAAAUCACUUCGAAUAGUUGAUUCCGUUGCUUUCUGUAGUCUAAAAGCUCUGAAAACAAACUUCAUUAGGUACAUCUUCCCAAGCUUUUGAUAACUAAUAUAUUUUUAUAUAUAUAAAAAUUUGCAUGAUAUGAAAAUCGUUUGAUCAAGGAUGGGGGUUAAUUUCCCCAAUUUUUAAGAAUUUUUACAGUCAAUCGUUCGAUCAAGGAUGGGGGGGAGUGAACAUUUUGUCAACUAUUGAGAAAACGAUCGCUUAAAGGACUUAGCUGGAAAAUAUUGGACUGCUGAAACUUAUGAUGAAAUAGCGACUAUUGAAAAUGAAUAUUUAACGCAUUUACCAAAAUCUCUGAUAAAAAACAUUUUUAAUUCUUUAUUUACAGAUAUAUUUUUUUGGUUUAAAAACUACUUUGGAAAUUCAGAUUUUAAAUAUGAUUUAAUAUUCCAUUUCCAGCCUAGAUUAUUUGAACCAGAAGAGAGGAUAUAUGAAAAAGGAGAAAAAGCCAAAGAAGUGCUUUUUAUUUUAAAUGGAAAGGUUAUAUGCGAAACUUUAAUAAAUGGCAAAUAUAAGACAAUAUUGCAAUUUAAUAAAGGAAGAACUGUGGUAGGCGAUUUUUCUAUAUUGAUGAAUACCCCAGUAUCUGUCAAUUAUGUAAGGAUCCCCCCCCUCAUUUGUCCCAAAAUCUAGUCAAAAAUGAUUUGUCCCAUUUUCUAGUCAUUUUUCGAUUUUUCGAGUGUCCUAAAUUUUAGUAUUUUACUGUAAAAAAACUAGAAAAUGAGACAAUUGAGUCCUGAAAAAUUUUUUUUUCUAUCAAAAUUUUGACUAGAAAAUUGGACAAUGAGGUCUAAACAAAUUUUUUUUCCUAUAAAAAAAACUAGAAAAAUGGACAAAUGAUAAAAGACUAGAAAAUUGGACAAAUGAGGGGGGGGGAUCCUUAAUAAAAAGCAAAAGUAUAGUUCAGGCUUUCGCUGUACCUAAAAAAGCAUUUUUAUUAAUUUUAAAUGAAGGAUAUCCUGUCAAGAAAAAAGAACUGAUUAUUAAAUCUACAAACAGAGAAAAUAAAAUUCAACUUGCAAUAGCUAAGGUUAGACACUAAAAUGCCUGGUGAAAUCAGCUCUUUUCUAUACUACUGUAGCUAGAAAGCUUAAUAGCUCCGAGAACCUUGGCAGACCCUUUUCGGAAGAGGAAAACGGCAAGGACUGUGCAGAUUAAUGAGCAGUAAUGAAGUGCUAUGGAGCUAAAUAGUAGUAAGUGAUUAUUGUUGAUUAGCGCAAUAGCUCAGGCAGAGAAAAAGCUUAACCGAAGAAAUAGAAGUGAUCUUGUAAAUAAAAACUCUGAAAUUGUAGACGUUGAUUUAAGAAGGUCAAGUAUGGCAGCAGAUUAUUUUGAAACAACUCCAAUAGUUCGUGCUGAAGACAGUUUUGAAGCUGAAAUUAAGAAAAAGUUACAGAAGUGUGAGCAUGACUUGAAAAGAAAAAUAAGGGCUAUCAAGAGAAAUAUUUCUAAAAAAAGAUUGCUUUUGAAGACCAUGGAGGUAAGCGAUCUAGAAGGUAAAAAAGGAUUUAAUCUAUCUCGAACGCAUACAUCUGUGCCUAGUGAUGAGUUUGCAAAAAAAAAACUUGAAAAUGAAGACGAUUAG